AUGCCUCCGCCGGAGCCUCGCCGAGUCGACCCCAAAAUCUGGCGGGCAUGCGCCGGCGCCGCCGUGCACAUCCCGAAGCUGCAUUCUAGGGUUUACUACUUCCCUCAGGGUCACAUGGAGCACGCCUCUCCCUCACAUUUGCUCUCCCCUGCCUUCCGUUCCCUCCCCUUCGUUCCCUGCAUCGUGUCCUCCCGCGAAUUGCUCGCCGAUCCUUUCUCUGACGAGGUCUUCGCCAAGCUCAUCCUCACUCCCCUCCCUCAUCCCUUCCAUCACAACCACCAAAACUACGGCAGCAACACCGGAAACGAUGACGACGAGCGCGAGUGCCAAAACGCCGUCGUUUCGUUCUCCAAAAUUCUCACGCCCUCCGACGCCAACAACGGCGGCGGAUUCUCCGUGCCUCGCUUCUGCGCUGACUCCGUCUUCCCUCCGCUUGAUUUCCGUGCAGAUCCUCCCGUCCAGCUCCUUACCGUCACCGACGUUCACGGCGUCGCGUGGCGGUUCCGCCACAUCUACCGUGGCACUCCGCGCAGGCACCUCUUCACCACCGGCUGGAGCAAGUUCGUCAACCACAAGAAGCUCAUCGCCGGCGACUCUGUCGUUUUCGUCAAGGACGCCGAUGGGAACGUCUCUGUCGGGAUCCGCCGCUCAACGAGGUUCGCCUCCACAACCUCGAUUGUCGAGGCGGAGCAGCCGGCGCCGGCGCAGGGGGAGGGGUUUACUCGUAGCGCGACCGGGAGAGUGUCGCCGAAGGCGGUGGCAACCGCGACAGAGUCCGCGGCGCGGAACGCCCCUUUUGAGGUGGUGUAUUAUCCGAAGGCGGGUUUGGCGGAUUUUGUGGUGAGUGCUGAGGUUGUGGAGGACGCGAUGAAGUGCGCGUGGGUUGCCGGAAUGAGAGUGAAGAUAGGAAUGGAGACUGAGGAUUCUUCUAGAAUGACUUGGUUUCAAGGGACGGUGACUUCUGCGAAUGCAUCUGAUAAUGGACCUUGGCGCAUGCUUCAGGUUAAUUGGGAUGAACCUGAAGUCUUGCAUAAUGCUAAGCGAGUCAGUCCUUGGCAGGUUGAACUUGUUUCACCCUCACUUGCACUUCAUACAAUGUUUUCCCCUUCAAAAAGGUUUAGAGCUGACCAAGGUUCUGGACUGAUAAGUGAUAGGGAGGGAGACCCCUUCUUUCCUAUGACAGGUUUCCCUAACUCAACAAUGGGACACAUGGAUAAGAAAUUGUUGAGUUAUGAUACUUUUCCUGCUGGCAUGCAGGGAGCCAGGCAUGAUCUAUUUUCUGCAUCAAGUUUUUCCAACUUUUUAAAUGAUAACUCUUAUCUGUACAUGGGUAGCAGUUCCUUCGGGAACAAUAUGGGAAUUGUGUCAACAGAGCUAAACAUCAGCAGCUCUCAAUCAGAUGACCUGUCACCACAUAGCCAGAGUAGUUUACAUUCCUUUGACACUGAGUUUACUGGGACCCGGCACUGCAACACCAAAGUUGCUUCUGGUUCAAUUCUGCUAUUUGGUAAGAUCAUACAGCCUGCUGAUAGUCAUUUGCAUGAUGCUGCUGAUUGCAUGGAACGUGAUGGCAGUAGGGGCAGCAAGGAAACUGAAGACAGUUGA